UUCAGAUUUCCGACUGCCCGUGAAGACACCCGCAGCUCCAUCACGAACCCUGUCGCCACCUCAACUUUCUUUUUGGUUCCUCCCGUGAAGGUGAAUCCGUCGCCGGCCAUCGCAAGCAGAGAGACCCCGGUUAAAUAAAACGGCCAUGAAGUUGUCUAUAAUCCGUAGCGCCUGUGGCAGCCUUCGGAUACAUCCAACCCACCCAGGAAGCAGGAUCGGCGGCUUGUCCCGGAGAUGCCUCCCGGUUGGUCCUGCCAGCCGCCGGUUGAUGGUCCGGACCGCCGCUACCACCGGCGGCGGUACCAACCCAAAACUAGCCGUUAACUUCAGGAAACAGCCCCAGGAGGACGGCGGGUUUGAAUGCGACACUUCUUUGAGGGAAGUGGUUCAGAGCACCAAGGAGGCAAUGCUGGCUCUGCAGAGGAGAAAUCCAUCAAUCCAACCUCUGUUAGCCAUUAUACAGGCAGGUGAAGAUGACAGCUUGUUGGAGAUCAAUAAGAAAAUUGCAGGAACGAUUGGCCUAAACAUCACUCAGAUUUGUCUGGCGAAGGAGUGCAGUGAAGAUGAAAUUGUGGAGGAGGUGUUGAAGCUGAAUGAAGACCCCAGGGUGCACGGAGUCUACCUCCACCUCCCCCCUGCUUCCCUCACCAGUCGAGUGCUGAACACACUCAAACCUGAGAAGGAUGUAGACGGGAUAUCAGAUUUGAAUAUGGGCCGUCUGGUUCGAGGAGACCUCAGCAAAGGCUUUGUUCCACCCAUAGCCAACGCUGUCCUGGAUCUGCUGGAGAAACACGACACUUCUUUGGAAGGAAAAACUGUGUUGCUGGUUGGAGGAGAAGGAUCCCUUGGAGUGGCCCUGCAGUGCCUGAUUGAAAGAAGAGGAAUGGUAGUUUUUAAGAGUCAUUGGAGCUCCAAGAGCCUACAGAGACAGGUGAUGCAGGCUGAUGCUCUGGUCCUGUUAGGGGCAGGGACCAUAGAUGUCCCACCCAGCUGGGUUAGACCAGGAGCUGCGGUCAUCCGCUGUCAGCCUUCGCUGGAGACAGAUGCCAUUGAGAUGUUCUCAAAGUCUGGGUUAGGAUACCUCACAGCAGCUUAUAGAACACAGAAUGUGGUGCAUAAUUGCAGUCGGUGGUUCCAGGAGCAGCAGUACCGACCCUGGCAUCUGCGCAGCCUCAAACUGCAGCCCCUGACCCCUGUACCAAGUGACAUAGAGAUUUCUAGAGCUCAGACACCUAAGCCAGUGGACCAACUGGCUGCAGAGAUUGGUGUGCUGCCAGAAGAGCUUGAAGCCUAUGGCAGGAGCAAAGCUAAGGUCCAACUCUCCCUGUUAGACCGCCUCCACACACAGCCCGAUGGGAAAUAUGUACUGGUUGCUGGUAUAACUCCCACCCCACUGGGCGAAGGUAAAAGCACAGUGACCAUCGGCCUCGUCCAGGCCCUGUCUGCCCACCUUAAGCUCAACUCCUUCGCCUGUCUCCGACAGCCUUCCCAGGGACCCACAUUCGGGGUUAAAGGGGGAGCUGCAGGAGGGGGAUAUGCCCAGGUCAUCCCUAUGGAGGAGUUCAACCUCCAUCUGACUGGUGACAUUCAUGCCAUCACAGCUGCCAAUAACCUGGUGGCAGCAGCCAUCGAUGCCAGGAUGCUCCAUGAGGCGACGCAAUCAGACAAGGCCCUUUUCAAUAGAUUGGUCCCUUCAGUGAAUGGAGUCAGAAGAUUUUCACCCAUCCAGAUCUCCAGGCUAAACCGUCUAGGGAUCAAUAAAACAGACCCGGCAUCUCUCACCCCCCAGGAAGUCAGCACCUUUGUCCGUCUUGACCUUGACCCUUCCAAGAUCACCUGGCAGAGAGUUGUUGACACAAAUGACCGUUUCUUGAGGAAGAUCACAGUUGGACAGGCAAGCACGGAAAAAGGCAUGAUAAGAGAGACCGGGUUCGACAUUGCAGUGGCCAGCGAGAUCAUGGCCAUCCUGGCUCUGGCAGACAGCCUGGAGGACAUGAAAAACAGACUGGCCCGCAUGGUGGUGGGGACCAGCCGCUCCGGACAGCCCAUCACUGCAGAGGACCUGGGUGUGAGUGGAGCUCUGGCGGUGUUAAUGAAAGAUGCCAUCAAGCCCACGAUGAUGCAGACCCUCGAGGGUACGCCAGUGUUUGUCCACGCUGGGCCCUUUGCCAACAUCGCCCAUGGCAACUCCUCGGUGCUGGCGGACAAGCUGGCUUUGAAGUUGGUUGGACGGAACGGCUUUGUGGUGACAGAAGCUGGUUUUGGAGCAGACAUCGGGAUGGAGAAGUUUUUCAACAUCAAGUGUCGGGCUUCAGGGCUGAGGCCAAAUGUGGUGGUGCUGGUUGCAACUGUGCGAGCGUUAAAGAUGCACGGUGGAGGCCCAAAUGUGUCAGCAGGCGCGCCUCUUCCCAGAGAGUACAUCGAUGAGAAUCUGAGCCUAGUUGCAGGUGGUUGCCGUAGCAAUCUCAGGAAACAGAUCCAAAUCGCACACCUGUUUGGGGUACCAGUUGUGGUAGCGCUCAAUGUGUUCAAGACAGACACCCAGGCAGAGAUUGACCUCGUGUGUCAGCUAGCAAAAGAGUGCGGAGCGUCUGACGCUGUGCCGUGUCACCACUGGGCGCAGGGCGGGCGGGGUUCCCUAGAGCUGGCCCAAGCUGUGAAUGAGGCUACCAGCAGGCCAAGCAACUUCCAGUUCCUGUACAACAUAGAGAUGCCGAUAGUUGAGAAGAUCAGAACAAUCGCCCAGAAAGUGUAUGGAGCUGAUGACAUUGAGCUGUCUCCAGAGGCCGAGGCCAAGAUAGAUUACUACAAUCAACAGGGCUACGGUUCAUUGCCCAUAUGCAUGGCCAAGACUCACCUGUCCCUGUCCCACAUGCCCGACAAGAAGGGUGCACCCACUGGAUUCACUUUGCCAAUCAGAGAUGUGCGUGCCAGCAUUGGGGCCGGCUUCAUCUUCCCACUUGUGGGAACGAUGAGCACCAUGCCUGGUCUGCCAACCCGACCCUGUUUCUACGACAUUGACCUUGACCCGGUCACAGAAGAGAUCACUGGGCUCUUCUGAGGAUGCUCCAGUUAAAGAUAUCCAUAUAUAGGAUCCUCCAUCAGACUCAUCCUUUCUCUCUACCUUGGACAAGAAAUGCUUUCUCACUCUUCCCUGCCGCCCAAAACUCUCCCCACAUUACAUUAACAUGUUUACUGGAGCGUUAGCUUCUAUGCUGUAAUUUGCACACAUUAUGUGACAUGCCAAAGACGACCGUCUACAUCCAUAUCUUGUAUACCGUUUAUUCUGUAUGGUUUUUUUACCUCUCUGUACAAUGUCUUCUAUGGAAUAGUCAGUUUAAGUUUUCAGUCAGCUUGAAUUUUACUUUAAUGUUGUUUUCAUAGACUAAUAAUAUUCCUUUUUUGUUGUGAAAAACUCAAAUGUCUUACAACUGUGCUGCAUUUUUAUUUUUUUUUAAAAAUAAGUCUUAAGCUUUUUAAUUGAAAUGGGGAGCAGCUUGUGUAUUUAUUAACUAAAUUGCUGUUGUACGCACAAAAAGCCAUUACGGUGUUUAAUGUAACCUCUUGUGUCCAAACCUGCUGGAUGCUGCUGAAUGUCCCAGCUGCUCUACUGUCUGAAUGAAACACACUACAAGUUACAGACUCAUCACGUCAAAGCCAUUUUUUAAAGAUUUUGUUCAAGUAUUACAUUUUUAUGUGAUGGGAAAAAAAGUGUAUAUAUAUCCAGCCUGAAUAUGUGGCAUUUGAUGGUUAAUGCUUAUAUCAUAAAUGUUUGCAAGUAUUUUAUGAUGUUACUGGAGGUGGUCUUAAUUUCAGGCGAGGUGUCCCUCCUCUUUACAUUUCAGACUUACACGUUACUUAUCAGAUAGAAAUACCAGUGUCAGUAUGUCUUGAUUAAUCACAAUGUAAUCACAGGUGUACCUGAAGCUUUUUGUUAAAGUUUAAACUUCAUACAGUCGUCCAGUCUUGUUUAGAAAAUAACUAUAGUUCUCAUUGGCAACAGUUGUAUGUGAAACAUUUUGGUUCUCAGAGAUCAAAAGUGUGUGCCUUUUUUCCUCAAAUAAACCUUUCAUUUACUCUAAAA